AUGUACAAUUAUCAUGUCGCUACACUCUCCUUGCUGGAGGACCCUUCAAAGGCCCUCUUCGAACUCCUUCUGACACCCAUUGUAAUGCCUCGUCUGGUCACAUUCCCUCCGGAACCAUCCCAGCCGGAAGCCUAUACCAGUCAUGCGCCCGUGCAACUCAGCCAAAGACAUCAUUUCGGCAUCAGGCGGCAGAUGCGCCGCAGCGUUCGCGUUGCGCAGCAGGUCCGCCGCCGAGGCAAUGCUGUGGAACCCGUCCGGCGCCAGGCCUCUCGCGUCCAUGUCCAGCAGCCAACUAUCCCGGCCACAGCGACGGAUCAAGGCCGACGUCAGUGUCCAGAUGUUGAACAGGAUGACGCCUCCCAGGAUCCCUACCACGACAUACGUGAUGGUUGGGUUCUGUACCAGCCGACGGCGGUCAUUGUCUUAUACGGUUGCAUUUGCAACCGGGGCCGGCCAAGGUCCACCUUCGGCGCUGAUGGGUUUGCGGUUCAUGACAUUGGCGAGUUGCGCUGCGCUGCGGGUAUCUCCGAAUACUGCACUCGGUUCAUCGGCGAGGCUGGCGGCUGGCGCCAUGAAAGGCCAAGGGGGCAUAUCAAGAGGGGGUUCCAAGGGCCUCAUGGUCGACAUAUCUGGUCGUGGUGGCUUUUCCGUGUCGAUGGCUAG